CGACGCGCAUGCACUCGCAGUCGCGCGGCACGGACAAGCCAAUCGUGUUCCUGUCGUCUGCUCCCAGGCUCUGCUCGCCACACGAUCUUUGGCGCCAAGACUCGCAGUGCAGCGAAAACCAUCUCUUUAGUCCCAGGGACCAUUGUACCUUUCUCGAUACACAAGACCUUUCUAAUUUCUCUUUUUCUUUCUUUUUUCUGUGCUGAUAAAACAAAACUUAUCUUCCUUCCCAACCGGAACAACCGAUCGCAAUCAUGCCUCUCACAGAUUUCCAGCUGAAAAAGGUCAACACUGUUUAUCAAAACCUGUAUGACUCCAACAAGGACGGCGUCAUAGAUCACAAAGAUUUCAAAGAUGCUGUCGAAAAAAUCAGCAAACUGCAUCACUGGGGCAAGAACACGGAACAGUAUGACAAAGCCCAGAGUACGCUCGACAGCAUAUGGGAGGGUCUUAGGAAAUACGCUGAUAAGAACAAGGACAACAUCGUGACGAGGGAGGAGUGGGCCAACAUGUGGACCGACACCCUGGGCAAGGUGGAGAAUGGCGAACCCUUCCCUGACUGGCAGCAACAGUACAUCGAGUUCAUGUUCUAUGCCAACGACACUUCCGGUGACGGCUUCAUUGACAGAAGUGAGUUUGUCACCAUUCAGACACUCUUCGGCAACAACGAAGAAGACAGCAACAAAGCUUUCGAUAAGCUUUCAGAGGGCACUGACGGCAAAAUCUCAAAGCCCGAGUUCGAAUCCCUCUGGAAAGAGUUCUUCGUCUCCAACGAUGCCAACAGCCGUGGCAACUUCCUCUUCGGCCUUCCCCCUCAGUGAAUCACCCAUGGCAACAGCGCGACCUUGGCCUUGAGUGACGUCUAGUGUGAAAGACUCCCGUGUAAAGAGCGAUUUCUUUUAUUUUUAAAUUUCUAUACGGAAAUGUUUGUACUGUUUUUAUGGUGUUCUAUUUAAACAAAUCGUUGUUUUUGUGGAUGAAAUAUUUGCUCAUUUGUAAACGAAAAGAUGGGACGGUAUAUAACUGCCGUAAUGCCAGUGACGAUAAACUGAAAAACGGGGAAUUUUUUUUUUUUUUUUCGUUAGAAGAAGGGGGAAAGGGGUAACGUUGUAGGUCUGGUGUCUGUUGGGGAGCACAUCUUGAGUUCUGCUUGAGCUCAACAAUCUGAUUACAGAACUUGCAGUAAAAAGGCAAUACAGACCGUCGUUAAGGAAGGAAAGAUUUUGGGGAGGUGGGAGGAAUAAACGGUUUAGCCACGCUUGCCACACACACGCGCGCGUGGAACAACUGCUUGGUCCUAACUCUAUCCUGGAAAUUUACCUAAAUAAAAAAAAAGUUUCUGAUCCCAGUACAUGUAGGGUACAGCACAGACGGGCAAAACAAGGCGGCCGGAAGGAGAGACUCCCUUUCCCCCGGAUAUUCAUUGCUUCAUUAACUGCCGAAUCUGCAGUCCGUGAUCCCUGGGUCCGUUUUCCGAGUCGAAGGAGGGGGGUGAGGUAAUGCUUGCAUUGAUCCUGACCGUCAACCUCGUUCGCCGCUCGGCUGGAAGUAGUCUCAUAUUGAAAUGUCGCCUGCGGCUUCAUUAACUGCGAACUUCGCCGACGUAAACUUCGCUCAUCGCAGAACAUAACGCACGGCACAGACGACGGCCACGAAUAUUAUGCGCGGCUACCCAGAGGACAAAGGAUCAACAUCGAAUUUCUGGCAUCUGGCCCAAACGAUGUAGGGAAAAUAAGAG